CGCCAGCGCAAACAUCCCUUAUCAACAGUCGCAAUGGCUUCCUACAACCCUCCCGGACAUCUGCCGGUGCCUGUACCCAAACGACGCCGUGUUGCCAUCCUCACCAGCGGCGGCGAUGCCCCAGGAAUGAAUGGCGUCGUCCGUGCCGUGAUCCGGAUGUCCAUACAUUGCGGGUGCGAGGCGUAUGCGAUCCAUGAAGGCUACGAAGGCUUAGUACAAGGAGGAGAGUUGAUCCGGCGCAUGCAUUGGGAGGACGUGCGUGGCUGGCUAUCUCGUGGUGGCACUCUCAUUGGUUCCGCACGGUGCAUGUCGUUUCUACAGAGAGAAGGCCGCUUGAAGGCCGCAAAGAACAUGGUCACAAGAGGAAUUGACGCUCUUAUCGUCUGUGGUGGAGACGGUAGCUUGACUGGCGCUGAUGUCUUCCGAUCUGAAUGGCCUGGCCUGCUGGACGAGCUUGUCAAGAAAGGAGAACUUACCGCCAACCAGACUUCCCCGUACAAAACCCUGAAUAUAGUUGGCUUGGUGGGAUCAAUUGACAAUGACAUGUCGACUACCGAUGCUACCAUUGGGUGCUAUUCCUCCUUGCAUCGUAUUUGCGAGGCCGUCGACGAAGUCUUCGACACCGCCGCCUCCCAUCAGCGCGGCUUCGUCAUCGAGGUCAUGGGCCGACAUUGCGGCUGGCUUGCACUCAUGUCUGCUAUCAGCACAGGCGCUGAUUGGCUCUUCAUCCCUGAAAUGCCUCCCCGUGAUGGCUGGGAGGACGAUAUGUGCGAGAUUAUUACACAGAACCGCCGGCGAGGCAAGCGGCGAACAAUCGUCAUCGUCGCCGAAGGUGCUCAGGAUAGAAGUCUGAAUAAAAUCACCUCGGACGCAGUCAAGGCUAUUCUUAGCAACAGACUCAAGCUCGACACCCGCGUCACGGUCUUGGGGCACACCCAGCGAGGUGGUCCGGCCUGCGCCUAUGACAGGUGGCUCGCCACUCUUCAGGGCACCGAAGCCGUUAGAGCCGUCCUCGAAGCCACUCCCGACUCCCCAUCACCAAUUAUCACAAUUCGCGAAAAUAAGAUCGAGAGAGGGUCUUUGAUCGACGCCGUCGCCGCGACAAAAAAGGUUGCAAAAUGCGUUGCCGAGAAGAGAUUUGAGGAGGCCAUGCAACUCCGGGAUUCCGAAUUCAAAGCCUAUCAUAGAGCCUACAUUAACACGACUACUCCCCAUCACCCGAAAAUGCUGCUUCCCCAGGAGAAGAGAAUGCGCAUUGCGAUUAUCCACGUCGGUGCACCUGCUGGGGGAAUGAAUCCAGCAACCCGUGCGGCAGUGGCUUAUUGCAUUGCUAGAGGCCAUACUCCAGUCGCCAUCUACAACGGAUUCCCUGGGUUGUGCCGCCACCACGCCGAUAAGCCACUAGGUUCCGUCCGCGAGGUAAAUUGGCUAGAAUCAGAUUCCUGGGUGAACGAAGGUGGGUCUGAAAUCGGAACCAACCGAGGUCUCCCUUCCGAGGAUAUGCCUACCACUGCCUAUUGCUUUGAACGGUACAAGUUCGACGCUUUGUUCAUCAUUGGGGGCUUCGAGGCUUUUACUGCGGCAAGUCAGCUUCGAAAGGCAAGGAAAGAUUAUCCAUCACUAAAAAUUCCAAUUGUGGUCCUCCCCGCUACGAUUUCCAACAACGUUCCUGGCACUGAGUAUUCACUGGGCAGCGAUACUUGCCUGAACACGCUGGUAAACUUCUGCGAUGUGAUCCGACAAUCUGCUUCCUCAUCGCGCCGCCGUGUAUUUGUGAUUGAGACCCAAGGUGGGCGAUCCGGGUACAUCGCAGUCAUGGCAGGUUUAGCAGUGGGAGCGUACGCAGUGUACAUCCCUGAGGAAGGAAUUGAUAUCAAAAUGCUCGCCCGCGAUAUCGAAUAUCUCCGACACAACUUUGCAACUGACCGAGGCGCAAGUCAUGCCGGCAAAAUCAUCCUCCGCAACGAGAAAGCGUCUUCCACAUAUACCACACAGGUCAUUGCAGACAUGAUUAAGGAAGAGGCCAAGGGCCGUUUCGAGUCCCGGGCCGCUGUUCCGGGCCACUUCCAACAAGGAGGGAAACCAUCACCAAUGGACCGAAUCCGUGCACUCCGCCUGGCUCUUCGCUGUGUCCAACACCUCGAGUCAUUUUCGGGGCGCAGCCGUGAUGAAAUCGAUGCCGAUGAGAUGUCAAGCGUUGUGAUCGGAAUUCGAGGUAGCGAAGUUGUAUUUGGCCCAAUGUCCGGUGAAGAGGGCCUCGAGGCGACCAACACGGACUGGGAGCAUCGAUGCCCACGCAAUCAGUUCUGGAUGAAGCUGAGGAAUCUGGUUGACACGCUCAGCGGACGGCCUUCCGAGAGCAAGGACGGAAAGGUCAAAUUGGCCGAUGACGAAGGAUGGGAUUCAGGAGCCGUGUCUGAUCCCUGUCAUUUGUGCGGGACUCCGAAAAUUGCGAUCGGCUAGAUAAUGAAAGCUUCGUCCACAGGCCAGAGAGCUUCCAGAGUGUACAUAAUUAACUCCCACCAAAGCGCAUCUGCUGCUUUUAGUUAUAGAAAGGUGGUGUCUGAAAUUGGAUGGCCAGCCUAGAUGCCCUGUUUUUUCUUUUUGGAGAACAAAAGAAUACACAGAAAUCUUCUCUCAGAAGCCCCUCUGAUAACUAGUGAACCCCUGUUCAAAGUUUUCUAUUUUCACGUUCUACGCACUAACUAACAAGUUAGUUCACUAACCAAGUUAUUUUCGAGAGCCUGAUCUCCAGUUCAUCCGAUCUUGGCAGCCAUCUCGUCGAUUUGUGUCAGGGCAACGUGCGGAGUACUCCAUGUCCUUCUUCUCGUCAUUAUUUUCUCAGUAACUAUCCAGAUCUACUCUUUAAAUGUUAGUGGGAGAUAAUUAUAAGGGGAAUGCUCUGUCACUCAUGGCAGCUCCUCCGGACUUGUGCGGUCAGGGAGGCCAGUCAGCAUCUCAAGUGCCCUGGAUACCCUAAUAAAUUGGCACAUAUUCAUCAAGCGGAAAUGGCUGGGUUUAGGAGAAUGGCAGAUAUCCUGGCGUUGAACUUUUAUUAGUUUGUGAGAUGGCAUCCUGGUUCGAUGGAUGCAUCCAUUCCUUG